AUGAAACGUAUUGUUGCGCCGCGGCGGUGGUCGCAGAUGAACCGCGUUGAGCACCCGCCCCUUAUGAUGAAGCCGCUCUUCCAAGGCGUCUGUGGAGGACUGCGGUGGCAUGACGUAAAAGCGCUGGCGGAGCACCUCGCCACGCGGGCAGUUGAGGAGGGGUACCCGAGCACACUGGACAUACGCCGUGCCCUCGAUGUUAAAAAGGCUUCACUCCAGAAGCGCCGGCUCGUAAAAAAGGAUAUGAGGAAACAUGCAGCGGCCCUCUCAUUGACAUCAUCCCACAACGCUUUAACAGUAACGGGGGACCUUGAGUUGCGCGUGACAAAGCAGAAGCGGCUCGUGUCGUACGACGUACUCGACUGCACGUUGGGCGGCGGCUACCACACAGGCGCUGUGCUCGAGAACGGCAGUCCAUACACACGUGUCGUGGCAAUUGACUGCGACCGUGGUGCGUCCCAUGUAGCACGGGGGUUGGCCGAUGAGUUCGGUGGCGACCGCUUCCGCUUUUUCUGCAGGAUCAUGUCGGAAUCAAAGUCGAUGUUUGGCGAGCGGUCCUUUGAUGCCGUUAUGAUUGAUGCUGGCCCCUCUGACACGCAGUUGGAGGACCCAGAGCGUGGGUUCCUCCUCGAUGACGACGCGCACUCUCUCGACAUGCGCUACGGGCGGCAAGUCGGCCUCGGCGCCCUUGCGUACCUCAACAGUGUGCCGCAGCACGCCCUGGCGAGGGCGUUGUGCGCUUACGGCAUCCUCACACCCCAGCAGGCAAUGAAAAUGGCACGCGAGGUGCGGCAGCGGCGCCCAUUUGCGAGCGCACGGGAUGUACUUGCUUGUGUGGAAACCGCAGGCGAUAUGCUUCCUGACGACGGCUGGCGGACACAGCAGAGCCGUCGCAAGACGCCAAUGUCGUGGAAGUUCCUCACCUCUGUGCGAUGCAUCGUCAACAACGAGAAAUAUGAGCUGCAGCAGGCCAUUGAGAAUGCUUUGCUGUUACUGCGCGAUAACGGCCGUUUGGUCGUGUUCUCGCGGUUAUUGUGGGAGGAGCAUCUGAUUAGAAGCAUACUUGAAAGCCACCCACACGCGCUGUUGUGCUACUCAGAAACGGUGCCAGCUGAGGAGAUUGGCGCCUACGGCUUCAUGCGACACACAAAGAUGUGGGUUGCUACCCGCAUCGCAAUGUCAUCUUACGUGCUGAAGAACACCACCUCACUCACAGAGGAGAAACUGCAGGAGAGUUCACUCCGUUGGCUCAGCGGCAUGCACGCCGGUCAGACGCACGGCUUCCCAGCAAACAAUUUCACAUUUGAAGACAUUGAGCACGACGAGCGGCGUCAACAGGAGAUAAAUAGCCAACUGCCGCCACUAGACAUCGGCAUCGAUGUCAAGUAG